AUGACUGAGAACGAGCCGCCGGCGUACGCCGUGCACGACGAUGGCCGAAACACAAGGGGCCGCCGCAUUAUGGGCAAACUCUUUGGGCGCGACCGUGACAGAAAAGCAACCCAUGACGAGGGCGACUUGAACGACUUUUUGCGUGGCUCCCCGGACAAGCUUCAAGUUGGUCAUGCUGGGCCGCCAAUGCUGACGAAAAUCGACACCAAGACCGCCCCACGAUAUCCCAAUGCCCACGAUGUCAGCGACACAUUCGCCGCGCCGAGAGAGCCCCAAACCCAGGAGUACGUUGCGCGGCCCCGCAACCCGCCCAGAAGGUCCAAAAAGGGGCUUUCGGUUCACUUCGCCGAGACAUACCCAGAGGUCAUUGGUGAUGGCGGUGGCGAGUGCGAGCUCCCCACGCUCGAAAUAUCUCGACGCAAAAAACAAAAGCCUCAGCCGAGCCCUUCCAUGCCGCCUCCUCGGCCUACAAACUUUGGAGAUAACUCCCGAAGCCCGUUCGCUGAUCCGGCCAGAGACCCGCCGGCGAGAGACACGUCGUUUAGCCCGGGGUUACGGCGUACCCAGACCGGGUUCGUAUCCAGCACGAGCUCUCACGCAAUGGGCGGGGCCCCUCGGGCAAACAACUCAGGUGCUGGCCGGCUCUUGGGAGCGCCUUCUGGUGGCCACGACGAAAACCGCAAGUCUUUCAUCGAGGUUCAACAGGCACAGAUGCGAGAGGCUGAAGGCCGAGCGCUGCGUGCAGCCUCAGGAGACACGGCUAAGCAACAGUUACGAGUCGACCCGUCUGCUUCUAUUCUGUCCGACCAGGAGACAGCAUCCCCCGUGACCGUGUCGCCGGUUUCUAUGCAACCGCCGCAACUUCGGUCACCACCACAAUUUUCCACCUCUGCCGGUGUGCCUGUUAAGGCACAGCGCCCGAGGCUGCCCCAAGUCCCACCUUCUGCCCCUGACUCGCGAGACCAGCCGUCAUCGCAGAGCUCAUAUACCCCAUUGAGCCAACAUUCGAACUCGCCCGACCAAGUGAAGAGAACACCCAAGCUUGAGAACAGCCCAGGCUACUCUAAUCCAAACACACCAUCCUUUCAUCACCCAUUCACGGCAUCUAGGGAAGGGUCCAAGAUGACAGAUAGGGACUACGGCUCGCCUGCCUCUCAGCAAGGGCCUAGUGGCUUUCAAGAUGUGUUGGCAAAUGCAGCGGAUGAUGCCAUGAACGCGUUUGUGACACGCACCCGCCAUUUGUUUGAACUCUUCCGUUUGCAUGGCGAGAGCGUCCGGCCACUAGUGGCAGCCAAACCACAUGACAUUGCGCGGGCCGCUCUAUGGUGGUUCCUCACCGGUCGAACCGCCCUCGAAGUUGCCAUCCGAGACCGCCCUUCCACCCCCGAGUCACAGAUGAAGAACGAUAUGGCUAAGCAGCAAGCGUAUGCGGAUUUGGCGAAAAGUUACUGGCUACUGGAGGAAGCGAUGCCCGAAAUCGUUGGCAGCGGGCGGAGUCCGGUCGAUACAGAGGCCGAGAGCGUCCGCGCCACGGUCGUGUCCAGUCUCCGGAAACUAGCCAGCUCCAUGAAACGGAACGGCUUUUUACCCCCAGAGGAAGCUUUUCUACCCCAAACCGUCGAUAGAGCUAUCUGGUUGGAUUAUCCGCCCCUAUCACAAGACGUCACUUCUCUCCUUUGCGGUUCAAGCUCCGCUCUUGCACAGAGUCACGCCAGUUCGGGCAUGACCAUCUUAGAGUCCUUGCCGUUGGGCGACUCGGCCACUACGUUCUCGUUUGCCCGCUUUAAGGUCGACGCUUUCUUGAUGGAGCAGGGAAGAGAAUCGCGGCGACUCUACCUUCCAUGCUUCUUAUCUAUCGUCCGGCCGCAGACACAGGCGGAGAUCAUUUUCGUUCUUACCAGCCAGAACGGGGCAGUGCAGCUUCGGAUCUCAGGGAACAAGAGCCUUGGCCCCGCGUGGGAUGAGGUGCGCUGGAACCCGGAGAACUGCAACCUCGAAGUGAAGCUACCGCGGGGUUUCAUUCUCGUGGUGCAGAGCUCGCAGCAAGCAUACUCCACGCUGCGAAGCAUGUACGAGUUCAGCGCAAAGGUCCAUUCCAGCCUUUAUCCCCGGCAGGAUGAGAACUGCAUCUUCCGGUCGACUCUUCGUGCAUUUCAGUAUUUUGACAAUGAUCCGCAGUCCAGGCAAUUCCCCCAGGAGUCGACGCCCGACUGCGGAAUUGCCUUAUUUGAACGUCUCUUCAGGGAAGGGGCGGCAACCGGUCCGCGGACUUACCACAAAGGUUACAGGAUUGCGGUCGUCACCGGGCCCAGGACCAAGACGUUGAGCGGCGUCAAUCAGCUGUAUCUUCCCCAUGCCCCUAUCCAAUUCGGUUUCCUGCGCAGUGAUGCCAAUGACCCGGCCCUUUCACUCAAAUUCGACAAUGGCAGGUUCAAGGGGAACAUGGUUUUGUCAUUUGCCGACGAGUCAGAAAGGCUGCGGAUGCAUAGCCUACUUAUCGGAACCGCAUUGGACCGUGGUGAAAGCGUCUGUGGUGAGGCACCACUCCAAGGGGUGUGGUUCUCAGAAAGGUACGGCGACGCCCGUGACAAGGGCUUGCAAGUGUUCUCCACGCUGGCAUGGAACAAAGUCAGGGUAAUCAACUACGAUGACGACGGAGAACAAGCAUCCUGCGUUCUCGCCGACCGACUACGCGUGGUUUAUGAGUUUAAAGAUGGAACUCUUACCGACCGCAUCAACGUCGCUCCCGGCGAACUCAAGCUCCGUCUAGAUGUGGCGAACCCAAGCUGCAUGAUGGUUUUCCGCCAGCCACAAUCCGAUGUCACACUCGCCGUGACGGAAGCCAACUCUUCUCGUUCCCUGUCGGUUGGCCUCGGCCAGGCCCUGGAAAGCCUCAAGCAAUCCGCAACAAUCCGUACCUUCAUGUUCCCGAACCUGAAGGAACUCCACGCUUUCCAAACAGCUAUUACAGGAUUCAAGGUCCUCUUCGACGGUACCGCCUCUGCUUUUGCCAUUUCCCGACGCCGCAUGGUGGUGCCCAUUCAUAAGAAGUGGGAAGCCGGCUCGACAAGGAUUCAGGUGGUUCAGCAGGAUGGCGUUUCGCAGCUGUUGGCAUUUUUCGAAGACUUUAGUCACGGGCAGUGCAUGGGCUUCCACCUCAAGGGGACGGACAUAUUUGAGGCGUUUAGCCGUGGUGGGAAAGUUGGGCUCAAGAUUGACGAUGCCAAAUUUCCACUCCCGCGGGUCCUCGCACCCGACGCGGACAGCGCCCAACAGGCAGCUGACGCCGCAUUCCUGUGCCUGGACCUCCCAGAACUACCAGGCGAGCAUGACGAUAUAUCGAUAUACUUUGACAACGAAGCGGAACGUGACCGGCUCGUUACAUGCCUUCCAGCGCCAACCAAAGGGCCGCGGAUGACCAAACUCAAGGGUAUAUCAUAA